AUGACCAAGGACAAUUACUCCUUGACAACUGAGUUUAUCCUCACAGGAUUUAUGGAUCACCCAGAUCUGAAGAUCCUUCUGUUUGUGGUGUUCUUUGCGAUCUAUCUGAUCACCAUGGUGGGGAAUCUUGGUUUGGUGGUGUUAAUUUUCAUGGAACGCCAUCUUCACACACCAAUGUACAUCUUUCUGGCCAACCUAGCUCUGAUGGAUUCCUGCUGUUCCUGUGCUGUUACCCCUAAGAUGUUAGAGAACUUCUUUUCCGAGGACAGAAUGAUUUCUCUCUAUGAAUGCAUGGCACAAUUUUAUUUUCUCUGCCUUGCAGAAACUGCAGACUGCUUUCUCCUGGCAGCAAUGGCCUAUGAUCGCUAUGUGGCUAUAUGUAGUCCACUGCAGUACCACACCGUGAUGUCGAAGCUGCUUUGCAUUCAGAUGACCAUAGGAAUCUACAUAGCUGGGAACCUGCAUUCCAUGAUUCAUGUAAUACUUCUAUUAAGGUUAACCUUCUGUGGAUCUCAUCAAAUCCACCACUUUUUUUGUGAUAUUAUUCCAUUAAACAGACUAUCCUGUACUGACCCCUUUAUAAAUGAACUAAUGAUAUAUAUUUUUUCAAUGCCUAUUCAAAUUUUCACCAUAGCCACUGUCCUGAUCUCUUAUCUUUGCAUCCUUAUUACUGUUUUCAAAAUGAAAUCUAAAGAGGGAAGAGGCAAAGCCUUAUCUACUUGCGCAUCUCACUCUCUGUCUAUCUUAAUAUUCUAUGGUUCUAUUCUCUUCAUGUACAUUUGGCCCCAUUCAGAUAAAGAAGGGGAUAGUGAUAUACCAGUUGCUGUUUUUUAUACUCUAAUAAUUCCUUUUUUAAACCCUUUCAUCUAUAGUCUAAGAAAUAAGGCAGUGAUAAGUGUUAUGAAAAGAAUUAUGAAGAAAAGGAAACUUUAUAACAUUCAGAAACAAAUAUCAUCAUCUGUGAUGAACUGA